AACAUCAACAACUCCACACGACAGAUGCCGCAGCCAUGAGCGUCUCAACACCUGUCAAACAGGGCACGCCAAUCAAACAGGCGCCUCCUCCGCCAGCUCAGGCGCAGCUCGCACCUGUGAUACCAACAUCGUGGCUUGCUCCGGACGAGCAGCGCCGCCUUGUGCUGUGGACUGUCGGGCUGGUCGAGGUGAUGAAGGUGUGGGACGCGAUCGCGCCGCACUUUACAGAACUUCCUACUGCUUUUAGUACGGCAACGCGCGUGCGGGGCCCUUGGAGCGCAGGCAUCUGGACAGCAGUUGAGGUUGGCGCCGUGCUCGCCAUUGCAUUGUUGAGGAUCCCGAACCUUUCACCAGAACCUAGGAGUUUGGCACUCAUGGUUCCCCUAUUCGCGUUGUGGAACAUUGCGUGCUGGUUCCUUUCAGACCCCGCAGCAUUCAUCCCCAAGGUCUCGAUGUUUGGCCCGGUCCACCUAGGCGAGGAAGGCUUCUUCUGGGGAUGGAUUUACAUGACACGACACUUGAUCUCGCCCCUCGUAUUUGGGCCGCCAGAGAACAUCAGCGGUGUGCACAAGAUUCGCCUGCUCCCCUACUCGACUGCGACUCUCAACCCCCUCUCACUCACGUACUGCCUACCACCCGGCUCGCGUGAGCCGACCUACAUCCCCGUCGUGUUCAACAACUCAGCACCAUACCAGGUCUCGUUCAACGUGCGCUCGCUGGAGACGCAGGAAUCCACCAUGGAGAGCGUCUUGGCGGACAAGAUGGUUGUCCCGCCUGGAUGGCGCAGCCUGCGCCUUGAGGGUGACGACGAUGAGGAGGCCGACGCUCAUCAUCUCCAGAAGAUGGUCAAACGAAACAAGGCGCUAGAGCUCGAGCGCUACCACUCGGUGCGGCCGAGCGAGGCUCUGAGUGUCAUUCCGCCCGACCUUACCGCCUCCGAAACACUCCUCUUCCUGGUUGUACGCAAGCCGAGCGUCAUUACGCUCAAGCAAGUGGUGGAUCGCCGUGGGGACCAGUUCAAUCUCGCACCGCACCGCGAGGCGGUCGUCAUCGAAUGCCCGUCUGGUGGCGACUUCAUCCACGACGAGGAGAGCAAGGGAGGGAAGCUUGUGCUGUACAAGCCCAAACCUAAGCCGCUUGUGCGCUGCAUAGGCCAAGAGGAAGUUGUCAUGUUCUCCGCGCGCGGCGUCGCGCCGCUCAAGGCGAUGUGGAAGCAGUGGAUCAAUGAUGUGCCUGUCGACCAGGGCGCCGUCGAAGGUAUUGAGGACACUGAGACGAUUUUGGACGCUGAGAAGGGUCACUUCCGCCGUGACAAGGUGUCCAAGUCGCAUGUCGUUCCUCUGCGCGUCGAACACAAGAAAGCCGGCAAGUCGCGCGUCACAUUGACUAGCGUCGUCGACGCGCUUGGUAAUACGUACACGCCAAGCGGGAAUGCCUCGAGCGUCGACUUCCAGAUCCUAAACCGUCGCUCAGUUUCAUUUGACUGCCCUCGCCCCAUCCAGCUUCUCGUUGGCGGAACGGCAAGACUGCCCAUCAAGGCCGAUGGACCGAUGGAGCAUCCCGUCGAAGUUAGCUACCGCUUCAUUGCGCCCAACGGCGAUCAGGAAGUCAAGAGCAUCACGGUCGACUCCCGCAACAGCGACAUCGUGGUCGACAAGCCCGGCUCCUUUGUGCUGCUGGACGUCAGUGGCACAUGUCCCGGUACAAUUCUUGAGCCAGCGAAGUGCUCUGUCCAGCUCGUGCAGCAGCCGACCGUCGAUAUAAACGUUGAAACGAUCCACGAGUGUGCCGUCGACGUUGGCCUCAGUGUCACGUUCGAGUUUACCGGAACUCCACCGUUCACGGUUCACUGGACCGAGAAGCGUCAGGGCGAAAAGCCCACAGAGAGGCGCAAUGUCUUCAACACGCCAGUCGGCCAACUCGACCUUCGACCCGACCGCGAGGGCAAGUACACCUACACGUUCGACUCGCUGUCCGACAAGCGUUAUGAAAAGAUUGCGCUCAAACGCGCGCCGUUCACACAGGUCGUUCAUCCGCCAGCAAGCGUCGAGAUUCUCAGUCAGCGCAGCCUCAAGUAUUGGGCCUGCUCACCUGACGAGAUCGCUAUUGACCUCGCUAUCAAGGGGAACGACCCUCUGCUGCUCACGUACCGCGCCUCGUGGGAGGGUAAUUCGCAUAACAUGACCGAAAACGUCAAGUCAGGCAGCCGGCGCUUAACGGUGCCUGUACCGCAGCAGCUCGACUCGAGGUCGGGCAAUGUAGGCACCAUGACUGUGACCCUCGUGUCGAUCGAGGAUGCCAAGGGGUGCGUCAAGCGCCUUCCGUCUCACCAGAUCGACGUCGACAUCGACCGACAGCUGCCCACCGUGCAGUUCUCGCGGCCUCAAGAGGUGACUGUGAAGGAGGGCGAGAAGGUCGAGGUGCCGCUGCGUCUUACCGGAAAUGGGCCGUGGACAGUGACGUACACACUCGAUGGCAAGCGGCAGAGACCUGCCUCCGUGCGCUCGUCCAACUCUCCGCUCAUCUUCACGGAGAAAGGAACGUAUGAGCUCGUCAAGGUCGAAGACGCGCACUGCGCGGGCGAGGCGGACGGCUCGCUGUUUUCUAUCGCUCACAAGCCGCGCCCGACGGCGUCGCUCACUGCCUCCGACCUCAUCACCAGCGAUGGUACAGUGUUCAAGCACAAGGGUUUCUGCGCGGACGAGAGCGACGCGGUGGCGGUGGCGUUUACAGGCGCGUCGCCGUUCGCUCUCUCCUACAAGUAUAGAUUCGACGGUCAUCAUGGGAAGGAGCGCACUCUAUAUUCGGCGCAAAACAAGGGCAUACUGCACCUGGAGACGAUGCCGGGCCAUCAUGUUUACGAGUUUGGCACGAUCAGCGACAGCAAUUACGCGAAGACUCAUGUGAAGUUCAGCCUCGAGCACGAGGUGCACUCUCGCCCGUCUGCGACAUUUGCGAAGCAGAAUACGCACAGCCUCUGUCGCGACGCUGCGCUGCUCACCAACGCGCGGAUCAAGAUGACGGGCAAGGCGCCGUUUGUGCUGCAGCUCGGUGUGCGUCGCCCCGCAUCCGCUGAAGUGGUUCCCCACACCGUCAAGGUGUCUGGUCACGAGUGGAAGGUCGAGCUGCCUGAGCUGAUCUUGAGCGAUGUCGGGCGGUACGAGGUGUCGCUCCUGGAGAUGAGCGACUCGAGUGGGUGCGCGUACGUGUUCGAGGACGCGGCCGUCCUCUCAACGUUCGUGGACGUGGUGGAGACGGCGCGCGUCGUGCCUAUAAGCCACGACGUGGACGUGUGCGUGGGCGACACGCUUGACUUCCUUCUGCAAGGAACAGCUCCCUGGAUCGUCGAGUACACCUGGGACAGGCGGACGUACGCCGUGACGUCGAGCGCAGCACGUUUCUCGCGCUCAGCCGACGCGCCCGGCACGUUCUCGAUCACGAGCAUUGCGCUCAAGGACCGCGCGGGCAACGCACAGUGCAGGCGUGCGGUGGAGGGCCUCGAGCGCGUGAUCCACCCGCUGCCGCGCGCACGCAUCCAGGACGGCGUGGACCACCUCCGCGAGGGGGACCUGCCGGCUGUGUUUGCCGUCAAAUUCACUGGCACGCCGCCGUUCACCUUCAGCUACACGCGCUCGGAGACUCAUGGAGGACGCGCGCGUGUAGUCGAGACGCAGACGAUCACGGACAUCUGGGCGUAUGAGUACGCUAUCUCGUCUAGCGCACCUGGUGACUACUUUGUCACGAGCGUAAGCGACAGGUUUUGCCGAUACCCGCGGCUGAGCCGGCGAGACGACCUGUAGUGAGGAGAGCAUAGAGCAUUGCAUGCAUAUAUUUGGAUCG